AUGUCUGCAGCUGCUGAGAGUGGCGCAGGACAGCCUGAGGAUAGGACCAGCACCAUUUGGUCCAUCCUCCCUUCGUUUGAUCCAUCUACGGAUGACCCUCGGGAGUACGUGGACAAGGUCAAAUUCUUGCAUUCCAUAUGUCCACCAAAGGACAAAAGUAUGUUGGCACCUCGUCUUGCCAUGUUGAUGAAGGGCACGGCUUGGGCACAGAUCAAGUCUGCCGACACGGCCAAGCUCGCUGAUCCUGACCAAGGGAUCCAAGUUUUGUUGUCAGCAGUCGCCACUUGGGAAGAGGCGGCUGAGUUGCAGACUUACGACAAGUUUGAGAAGGCGCUCUACAGAAUCAUCCAAAAGGCCGAUGAAACCAACAUGAGCUUUGUGAACCGGUUGAACGUUGCUUUCAUGGAACUUGGUGAAGUCAAUCUGAAGGAUAUGAAAGCCUUCAUACUUCUUCGGCAAAGCUCCUUGACUGCCGAUGACAAGCGGAAGGUCAUUGUGAUGACCAAUGGAAAAUUGGAGGCCGAGAAGAUCGAAGCAGCUAUGAGGACGUUGUACACCAAGGUGUUGGGCAGCAAUUCAACUGGUGACUCGAAACGCAAAGUUUACCCGGUGAACUACAUGGAUGAUGAGCCCGAAGAGGUACAUCAUGUGGCAGAGGAGGAGCACUUCGACGAAGACUGGAUCCUCCAAGCAUUGGUCGAUCAAGGUGACGAAGAUGCUCAGGUGGUUGCCGAUUUUGAAGACCAACUGGUGGAGGUCUGUCAAGAAUCUCCUGAGCUGAGGUCAUUCAUGACUUGCCGUCGUCUUCGAGUCCUUUGGAACUUCAUGAUCUUCUGUUUGGUCACCAGGAAGAGUUGUGCUGAUGAAACUGUUUUGAGUGUGGAGGGCAACCAAGCGGCAAGGGUGGGAUCCAACAAGAAUCCUCCGGAGCUGCCGUUCCCGGAAGAUUCCAGUCUGAACUAUGCCUGUCCGACCAAGACACCUAUCCGUCGUCCUCAAGGAGUGAAAACAAUGGAAGAGUGGGGUUCUCAGAUCUUUCCCGAGGGCAAGCACUCGGGCGAGACCUUCAAGACGGUCCACGACCAGGAUCCCAAGUACCGCUCCUUCAUGAUGAACCAUCCAAACCUGACCAACCCCUGGGCACUGAGCUUCCAGAACUAUGUCAGGGCAAUGAGCCUGACCUGUCCACAACAGAUGCCAUGCAAGCCUCUGACACGAGGGGAGAGUUCCUCGAAGGCAACAACGGGAACUGUGUCGAAUCCGACACCUCCUUGGCAUCACGAAGUCUCAGGUCUGGAGUGGGAUUUGAUGACGGAAGGGGUGGAAUUGUCUCCACCUCCGAAGCGAAGUUUGAGUCCAGAAGUGGCCGAGGCAUCGGAGAUGGCCUUGGUGAAGGACACGGAGAAAGAGCAGCGCCUCAUCACCAACAUCGCGAUCCUUCAGAGGGAGCUCGAUCUGAUGCGCAAGAACACAGAUAUCUGCAAGUUGAUGUCCACUCCGACAAAUUCUCAAGAAUGUGGUCCGGAGUUAGAACGACUUUCCAUGGUGAUUCAAAAGGAGUUGGACGCAAUGCUGGCACUGACUUGGGAGGUCAAUGCACCAAGUGAUAAGUCUUUGUCCCGUAAGAUACAGCCCAAUGAGAAGUGUAAACUGGACUUGCUGGAAGUCUAUUGCGAAGAGAACUCACAGUUGACAGAAACAGCCCUUAAGAUGGGCCUCAAGGCCAAGAGAUUUACCAAAGCUGACGGAACCAUUCGGUAUCUUGGGAGAAGAAUCAAUCUCUCGGAAUAUGCAGCUCGAUACUCCAAUGGUUUUGCAAAGAACAUUUGUUGGUACUUGUUGAGAAGUCGUGUUUCUCGUGAACUUCCAUUGGAAAUUGCAGAGCUUUGCAUAGAACCAAGGGUCUCCCAGGAACAACUGGUCUUCGCAGGCGAGCUGAAAGCACGUCGCUGUUCGAGCCACCGGAAAGCUCUGACAAGUUCCAGCGUCACACAAGAACUUUCCCAUAAGAAACCCAGAAAGGAGUUUUUGGAGGAUGUGUUUCGAAGGGUUGAGCUUAGGGCUCCUAGGGCAGGAACUGUUGUGGUUCAUGAAGGGGAAGUGAUUUUUGAAGACGCAAAGAAACUUUGCACGAAUUUUCAAGUCAGAGCGGUGGAGCUCUGCCGAGGGACGGAUCGUUUCCGUCUGCCCAAGGGCGAAUAUGAGGAAUCGGAUAUUCCACUUCGCCAGACUUUCAUUCUACAUCGAGUUUCAGGAGAGGUGGAACAACUUGGGGAACCCGAAAAGUGGCUUGAGCUUCCAAAAACCAAAAGGUUUCUGAAAAGCACUCACGUCGACCCGCAUCUUGUGGCGGCAGCCUUGGAGUAUCAGUGCGACGCAUGCAGUGAAUCCCGACAGGGGUACUCCUCGGCACGUCCUGCAGCCAUCCACAAACAUUUGAAUUUUAAUGAAGUUGUUGGUAUUGACAAAGCCUAUUGGACAAAUGAUAAUGGGGUUACGUUUGGUUUUAUUCAUGUUUUGGAUGAGGGUACCUUGUUUCAUUUGGGAAAAGCAUGUGGAGAUGAUGCGGCGUCUCAAAUCCGGUGUUUUGAUGACAUGUGGCUGUCUUGGGCCGGUCCCCCCAAAGAGGUAUAUUUGGAUCCUGCAAAGGAAUAUACGGGAGGGGAAUGGCUUAGUAAGAUGCAGAGUGAAGAUGUUUCUCUCAAGAUGACGGCCACGGAUUCCCACUGGCAAUUGGGACGGGUAGAAUCUCAUGGACAUGUUGUCAAAAGAAUGUUAGAUCGUAUGAAUGCUGAAUCACCCAUUUUGGAUUUGGAAAGUUUCCGACAAAAUUUGAGACAAGUGUUCACAGCAAAGAAUACUAUGUCGAGGGUUCAUGGUUACACCCCAGAGCAAGCUGUGUUGGGAUUUGCUCGGAGACUUCCAGCAUCCAUUACAUCUGGGGAGGGUACAGCAAGUCAUGUGUUGGCAGCCGAUGAGGGCACAGACAGCGAUCAGUUCCGGCGUGCUUUGGAAUUGAGAAGCCGAGCACGCAAAGCGUUUGUCGAGGCCGACAAUUGUAGCAGCCUUCGCAGGGCUUUGUUGCGCAGGAGCCGACCUCUCCGAGACCCUUUUGAGAUUGGUGAUUGGGUUCUUUAUUGGAGGAAAGUUGGGGGAAACAUGAGGAGAGAGAGAGGAAAAUGGUUUGGUCCUGCAAGGGUUGCUAUGGUUGAAGGCAAUAAGGUCAUUUGGCUGUCACAUGCGAACCGUUUGAUUCGUGCAAGUCCUGAGCAGCUGCGUCCGGCGUCUUUCAGGGAAUGGAAGACUGUGCAGAAAAGUGAGGAAUCCAAGCAUACAACAUCUGAGUGGUUGAAGAGGGCCCAACUUCAGGACUUUUUCGAUCUUGGGGCGGAUGUUCCUGGUGAAGGUGAUUUGGUGGAAGGGUCGUCACCAAUUGAUGACAGUUGCAGUCUUCCGGAACCUGAGCAAGCGCCCAGCAAUUCAUCGGAAUCAGGACUGGAACCGAUGGCAAGCGACGAAAAUUCAAAGGAUGCUACCCCUCCAGCUGACAUGAACCGCUCUGCAGAUCCAUUGUUGGUUCCAAUCCCUGAAUUGUCUUCCAAGGGUGAGCGUGCAAAGGCACGUCUAGUCAUCAUUGGUUUCGAAGAUCCUGGUGGUGAUGAAAAGUUUUUGGCAAUGCUCAAACGUGUUGAAAGUCGUUUCAAGUUUGGAUCUUUCGAGAAGCGCUCUUUUAAAUAUACAGGCAUCGAUUUCCGACAAUGGGAUGACUGCAGCAUUGAAUAUGAUCAGAUAGCAUACAUUGAGAAGAUUGCCCCUAUUUCUGUGACCAAAGGAAGGAGAAGUCAACCCAAUGCGGAAUUGAAUGAUGCAGAGCGAAGUGAACUUCGAAGUCUGGUCGGGGCUCUGCAGUACGCUGCAGUCCAUACUAGACCUGACAUUUCGGCGAAGGUAGGUGAGUUGCAGUCAGCUGUAUGCAGAGCCACGGUGAAUGAGCUUUUAACUGCAAACAAGGUUUUAGCUGAAGCUAAACAGAAUCCGGUGUCCCUCAUGGUGCUGCCAAUUGCUCCUGGCGAUGUAACAUACUGUGCUUUCUCGGAUGCCUCAUUCCUUUCAAACAAACAGAAUUGUGCUCAUCAGGGAACUCUGAUUUUUGCUACUACUCCUGCUUUGUUGGAUAAUCAGCGAUCUGUUGUUGCCCCUGUUGCUUGGACUAGCAAAAGGAUUCCGAGAGUAGUGCGAAGCACACUUGGAGCAGAGGCGGCUGCACUGUGCAAUUCGGUGGACAGGCUCAUGUGGAUUAGAGUUUUGUGGGCCUGGGUUCGCAAUCCUGAAUGCAACUGGAGGCAACCCGAAAAACUUCUCUUGGAAGAACGUACUUCUGCUCUUGUCACGGAUUGUAAGGGAGCCUUUGAUUUGUUGACAAGGCAGCGUAUCAGUUGGGUCAAGAGUCAAAAGAAGGAAACUGAGACCUCCGAGGGGCUUUUGUCCGAAAGCGUCAAUUUUGUGAACGAGAUGAAAUCUUCGUCUUUGCAUGACUAUUGGACGUGGGUGGGCAGUGGAGUCACAUGGCUCGGCAUUGGUGAAGGAAAACAGCAUAGCAGGGCUUUGCUUAGGGACCCCACUCGACGGGCGACCUUGGUACUGCACUUCACGUUUCUGUCGUUGGUGCUCAGCAUCCUCUGUGCGAGCCAGCCAAUCACGAAAUAA